GAUUAUUUGGACUUUACAGGUGACGCUUGGUCUCCGUUUCACUCGCAACCGCGCGGAAGAAGUUCCCCUGGCGAUGGGGCGACAGACCUCGGGCGAUUGUGGUCCGGCCGUGUGGGCGAAGUCCCCAUGGCCUGUGAUGCAACGGGCGAGUUUCUGGGCUCUUUGGGUUCUUGGAGCUUUGUGAAGGAGCUCCUGGUGAAGAUCUUAGUAGACCACAAGGUCGGCUUCGAGGCGUUUCAGCAGCAUCAGGAGGAUCUGCUGUCCGUGGCCUUUGGACCAAGCCUGGGCUGUGUGCUGGGGCACUACAGUCUGCGCUUGGCGGUGCUGAUCUUUAGCCAUCCUGCGGAGCGCUGGCAGCAGUUGCAGGAGGAGGAGCUGCCGUGGCAUUGGGCCUCGACCGUGGAGGUGUUGCAGAGUGGCUGGCCGAUCUUUGGAUUACUCGGCCUCAUUGCCUACAAACUCAGCCGCGAUGGCGCUGGCAAAGGCGUGGUCUGUGACCAGCCCAUUGAGUCUUUCCGCAUCCGAUAUGAGGAGGUGAUGCUGUAUGGAAAGGAGGUCCCUUUCAGUACUGACGUGGAAAAUACAGCGGACGAGCUCCUGCAGCGCUUGCAGAGCAACCGCACAAUGGGACGCAUGAACAGAGCCUGCCUGCUGGGUGCGGGGCUUCCGUUGAUGGGUUACGGUGCUUCGAUCUCCUGUAGCGCCCGGCGGGAGCCUGGGCUGAAGCAGCUCCUGGAGAAGUUGCUGGAGGACUAUGAGGAGGUCUUCCUUCGUCCUGCAGCCGCAGUGAUUCCAGGAGUUCAACACUCAUCGUCAGUCGAGAACCUCGCGAACCUGGUUUCGAGUGGCAUGUGGGCUGCUGAGUCCUUGCACCUGUUGCAGCGGAUCUCCGAAGCCUUCAACACCUCCCUCAGCCACGAGAGCAGGAGGGACGACCAGGUGCUGGUUUCGGUGGAUCCCUUCGAAGACCAGUUCCAUGGAUACGGCCUGCCAGCGUUCACGAGCCACCUCUGGGCGGAUUCGGAGCGCUUCAAAGUACACGAAGGACUCAGUUGCCCCGACGUCAUGGUGGCCCGCGAUUCGCUGCCCAGCGUCCCGUUCUUGGGUGCGAUCGUCUACGUGGACCACGAGGCGGGCAUUGGCCCCGGGCGCGAUGCUGGGCGCUUGGCAGAGGUCUUGGCCAAGUACCGCGUGGUCUACCUGGGUGUCUUGGCCCCUCAGGCGGCCACCCGCUGUCUCUCGCGCUGGGGGACACCACCCCAGCAGAGCCGCCGCGUGUGCGCGAAGGUCUUCGACCAGGAGGCCACCUGGCCAGCUCCAAGUACCUUGACGGUGCUGCACAUUCCUUAUGCAUCCAGCUCCUUUGCUGCCAGAAGCCACUCUCCCUUGGAUUUGUUGAAAGCCGGCGCUGGACAUGCGAAGAAACACUUUUUGGCCUACAUGGCCUAUGCUUGUGUGGAUCACCGAGACUUGCUCUUCGACCUCUUGGUGCAGCGCGCAGCCGCUGGAACCGACCUGGACGCUCCCGUGGCGCUCUCGCGCUGCGCGGGGUUUCGCUCACAGCACAGGCGUCAACGACGCAACCACACACGUGGCGUGGCCCUAUCCUUCUUGGAUGAGGCAGUCGAGUUGCUGAGGCCGUACAGGUUUGCGUUGGUCUUCGAGAACAAGUUGGUGCCAGGCUAUGUCACCGAGAAGAUCGUCAACGCCUUCCUGGCCGGCUGCAUUCCGAUCUACUGGGGCUCCAGGGCAGUCUUGGAGAUCUUCAAUCCGGAGUCCUUCAUCUAUGCAAAUGACAUACAGGCUCCGGGCUUCUCGGACGAGCAGCUCUUCGAUCCGCUGAUGCACUUGGAGCGCGUCGCCGAGCACGUGCUUCGCAUCGCCCAAGACCCUGUGGCGCUCGAAGGCAUGGCCAACACGCCGGCACUGGAUGCGAAGCGCUUGCAGCGCUUCUUCUCUUGGCAUCGCGGCGUGCGCCGGCACCUCGCGGCUCUUCCCGUGCCGGACGCCGCGGACGAGGCCGUGCCGCAGCGCCUGGCGAGGGCGCUGCCGCGCCUCCAACGACGCAGGCGGUGCGCGGGAGGAAGAAGGGGGACGUGCGUCGAAGACGUGGACGAACCGGUGAUGUGAGUGGUGCACGGUGACGAGAGUGGCGCAAAAAGCGGCGCGCACAGCGAGAGUGGUGC